UGGGCCGCUGGACCGAUGUUGGCACGAUGGGCUUUAUCCGGCCCGGCCCGGCCCAUGAGAAGUGGCACAUGGCUCGCGUGCCCGGCGAGGAUUGUGGCAGCAGAAAUGGCCGCGGCAACACGUGCGGCAGCACACUGUCUGCUUAGCCUCCGUCGCCGCUCGCCGCCGCCGUUGCCUCUCCUCCCCGUCCCCUUCCGGAGCGGCGCGGUGGCUGUGCGCAUGGCUUCGUCGGACGCGGGGGCGGCGCCUCAGCUCGGCGCCACCGUGGAGGUGCCCGGUGGGGCGGGGGCCGUGCGCGUGGUGGCGGCGGCGGGCCUCCCGGAGGCGGACUUCAGGAAGGCGCUGGAGUCGGCGCUGUUCAGGCGGUGGCUGGAGAGCCUGCAGGCGGAGAGGGGCCUGCUCGCCCGCGGGAAGCUCAGCCUCCGCCAGAUCCUCAUCCAGGGGGUGGACAUGUUCGGGCAGCGCGUGGGAUUCCUCAAGUUCAAAGCCGACAUCGUCGACGAGGAGACCAAGGCCAAGAUUCCAGGGAUUGUCUUUGCAAGAGGGCCUGCUGUUGCUGUGUUGAUCCUUUUGGAGUCCAAAGGGCAAACUUAUGCCGUUCUUACUGAACAGGCUAGAGUUCCUAUUGGGAAGUUUAUAUUGGAGCUACCAGCUGGAAUGCUAGAUGAUGAAAAUGGCGACUUUGUUGGCACCGCAGUCCGAGAGGUCGAAGAAGAAACUGGUAUAAAGUUAAAUCUAGGGGACAUGCUUGAUCUUACUGCUUUACUGGACCCUGCUACUGGGUGCAGAAUGCUACCAUCACCGGGUGGUUGUGACGAAGAGAUUGGCCUGUUCCUUUACAGGGGGCACGUGGACGAGGAGACUAUCAGGGCUCUCCAAGGGAAGGAAACGGGCCUGCGGGACCAUGGCGAGCUGAUCAAGCUGCGUGUGGUCCCCUAUGACCAACUCUGGCGCACGACGUCAGAUGCGAAGGCGCUCUCGGCCAUAGCUCUGUACGAGAUGGGCAAGAAGGAAGGCGUCCUACCACUGUUGCCGCCAUCUAGUGGCUCAUCGUCGAACCUGUAAAUGCCGAACUGGGCGUGCGCGUUCUUCUGUACUGAGAUGUUUGAGAACAUUGGCGGUCAAGUACGCUGUAGUCUCGGUCAAUGCCCACCUGAAAGGUAAAAAGAGCUGCAGCGCGCAAAUAGUUCCAUGUAAUAUAUUUGAUUUUAUAGGGAAGUUAAAUGCAGUGUGGAUUUUUGGGACA